AUGUCCUCCUCACGUCCACAUGCGCCUCUAAGCGACAGCCAAUCGCCUUUGAGUGGUUCCAAACUUCGAAAACUUCUACCAGCUCCAGGGUCGAAUCAUGAGACGACUAGCUCUGACUCCAGUCAGGGACCAUCGCUACAACCUCGUCUCCUUCCCCGAGCCAAUAUAACAAAAAUCGCCUGCGAACCGUGUCGGAAACGAAAGGCCAAAUGUUGUGGCGAACGUCCAAAAUGCAAGGCUUGCAUCAACAAAGGUGUCGAGUGUCAUUACCAGGCAUCAGAUCAAGACCUGUUAGACCUAAAGCGCAAGCAUGAUGAAUUACAAGAAAAAAUCAACAUCUACGAACGACUCUACAAUCUUCUGAUGAAUCUGCCAGAACAAGACUCACAUGCCAUCCUCGGCAGACUUCGCGAAUGCCCUGAUACUGCCACAACCAUUCUGCAGGUGGAUGACGGCGACCUUUUCCUACAAUUGGCAUCGGCGCCAGAGACACGAUUGAGCAAGGGAAAGGUCGUCGAAAACCUAUCUGAUUGGCUUCGUGGGGCGCUAUCUUCGGGAGGUGGUGGGUUGUCUACUGUUGCCACGCCAGGCAGCAACAAUGCCAACCUCGGUGACGCUUCUGCCUCUACGCCUGCAGGCGAUAGGUCGAGAGCCACAUUUUGUCCCUUAGGCUUGGAUCCUGAGAAUGCCACGAGUAAUAAUCCUGACGCAAAAGUUAUGAGCUCUUCAGAAGAGUCACAGUUUUGGAUUACAUCAUGGGAGGAGGGCGUGCGGGAUGACCAUAUGCCUGAUGAGCUACCCCGGUCCCCUGGGCUAGAUCAUGUUCCGUUUACUUUGGACCACCGAGAAUGGAAGGGUCAUCCUCCGGUAUGGACCAACAUUACCAAUAACAUCAACUUAAUACUACAUCUUCUUGCUUUGUACUUUUGCUGGGAGUACCCAAUAUUCGCACCCCUAAGCAAAAGGCAUUUCCUUGAAGAUUUUCGGGAUGGAAGACACAGAUAUUGCUCGUCCUUACUUGUCAAUGCCUUGCUUGCCCUUGGCUGCCGUUUUCCCACCAACCUCGUUACCAGGGCUAAUUCUGAAGACCCACAGUCGGCAGGCGACCACUUCUUCAAGGAGUCGCAGCGGCUCUUUGACCAGGAGACAGAUCACCACUCCCUGACGGCGGUACAAGCCCUGGGAAUAAUGUCGAUUCGAGAGGCUAGCUGUGGUCGAAGCUCAGAGAGUCGAUAUUAUGCGGGACAGAGCAUACGGCUGGCUUUUGAGAUGGGUCUGCAUCGUACUCCCGACAAGGGAGACAAGGAAGAGCUUGUUGUUCAGUUGGCGACUUUCUGGGGCGCAUUUUCUUUAGAUAAUGCGUCUUCUCUGGUAACGGGUUCAUUGCCUAACUGUUCCUAUUCCCCGCACCUGCCAUCUAAGCCUGCUGUUGUAAGAGAUGUUGAGGCAUCAGUAUGGGUUCCUUACACAGACGAUGAGUACCUCGACUGGUACAACGGAGUGCCUGAGGUCCUGCGGCUCGGUCACAACUUCACUCCAGCAGUGUUGUUUGCCCAUAUGUACUACCAUUUUGCGACCCUGCUGCUCUUCAGCCCCUUUGUCAAAUUACGUAUUAUUGGGUCUAAUGUAUCACCGCGAGAGGUCUGUUUGCACGCUGCAAAUGCUAUACAGGACUUUCUCACAUCCUACUCGCGGCUAUACACACUGAAGUGGGCGCCGUCAUUUGUGCCAUACUUUGCGCUGGCCUCAUCCAUCAUGCACCUUGCCCUUACGGCUGGAACGGUGCAGAUAAACAAGUUAGACACAGCAGUCAGGGCUGACCCUCACCUCUCUGAGGCUGUCAAGCAGGGUAUCGCUAGACUUUCAGAAAUGACGUCUUGUCAUCACAUUGCGGAGCAAGGCCUCCACCUCCUCCGCUAUCUGGCUAAGAAGUGGGAUAUUGUUGUCAAUAUUGAGACAGGCGCUGCUCUGGACCCAGAGGAGGAAGAGAGGCUUGUGAAAUCGUUGGGCGGUAUCGUAAAUUUCUUCUCACCCACAGUGGUUGUCCAGGACUCUGUUUCCGACUCCGCUGCGGAUAAUGAUGUUAGCGAAGCAACAUCGUGUGAGCCCGGAAAGGCAGUAGAGAACUUGGAGGACCCGCUCGUCUUGCCAUCCCUUAUGCAGAGGCGUCUAGUAUUUUCAAAGAACAAGGCACUAGAGGAGGCAGGCUUUGCCGUAUUGUGA